AUGGCUCGGAAGAAGAAAGGGUCAUCGAAGCUGGUGGUGAUUUCCGAUGAGGUGGUGGAAGACCUCCCUUCGAUCCAAGAUGAGGGUCCUGUAAUGUUUCAUGAUGAUGUGUUUCAUGAUCCGUGUGAAGAAUUGGAGCUGGAACGAGGUGUGGAGUUGAAUCGCUCCUCUCCUAAAGCUGCGAGUUGGGCUGAGGAGGCUGAGGGUUCUGAGUUUCAGAGGUCAGCUAAGGACGUAUGGAGUAAAUUCAAGUGGAAUCAGGUUCUUACCCCGUCUACGCGUCUAAAUUACACUGCACCGUUGAAGAUGGGUGAUCAAUUUGUGGCUCAGUUAUACAUGGAGGAGGUGGAGACUGAAGCUUCAUUCUGGAAGAAUGCGAUUGUUUGCAUUGUUUUGGGAGCUAAUCCACCUUUUAGAGCUUUUGAAGGGUUUGUCAAGAGAAUUUGGGGUAAUUUGGGUGUUGAUAUGAUUGUUAGAAUGCACUCAGGAUUUACCCUUGUUAACUUCAGAGAUGAAGCUACUCGGGAUCUGAUUUUGGAAACGGGAGUCAUACAUUUUGAUCAAAAACCGGUGGUUCUUCGUCCUUGGACACCAGAUAUGGACUCAGUGAGAAUGGUCAAAUCGGUACCAGUUUGGAUUCGACUGAAUGGUUUGGGUCUACAAUACUGGGGAAAAAAUAAUCUCAGUGCUAUGGUGAGUACAAUAGGGAGGCCGGUUAUGGUGGAUAAAGUGACACAAAGUAGAUCAAUGGUGAAAUAG